CAGUGUUAGGCAUAGUCCUGAGCACUUCAUAUAUAUGAGCUCAUUUAAUUCUUACAGCCCUGAAAGGUAGGUGUUAUCAGUCCUAUUUUUGUAGAUGCUGACACUGAGAUUCAUAGCGCCUAAGUAACUUGUGCAAAGUCACAGAGCUAGUGAAUCUCAGUGUUUCUGUGGUUGGCAGGUGUUAAGAGAAGAGUCCCAAUGCACAGCCUGAGAUGCUUCCUCUCCAGGGUGGGUCUUUUAUCCAAACCAGGACUGCUCCCCUGGUGUGCCAGAAAACCUCCAGGUUGGUCACAGCUCUUUUUCGGCUCAGCAUGUAAGGGAAACUUCACCCGCGUGAUAGCCAAGAAGUGUCAGAGAGGACAGAAAAGUCAGAAGAAACUAAGCUAUCUUGGACCACUGGAUGGUUCCUGGCAUGAAAGGCUGGCCGAUGUUGUGACGCCACUCUGGAGGCUGCGCUAUGAAGAACAGCUCAAGGUUAAAUUUGAAGCUCAGAAGAAAAUUUUACAAAGACUAGAGUCUUACCUCCAAAUGCUCAACAGAGUCAAUGUGACAACAGCUGCACCCAAAUCCGAGGGGCUCUGUUGUCUUCUCCAUCCUAUUAUACCCUCUCCUGUCAUCGAUGGCUAUCGAAAUAAGUCCACCUUCUCUGUGAACCGAGGUCCAGAUGGCAAUCCAAAGACCGUGGGGUACUACCUGGGAAGUUGGAGAGACAGGAACAUCAUCUGUGUACGAUCUAACCUUCUGAAAAACAUCCCUGAGAAACACAAUCAAGUGGCCCAGUACUACGAAGCAUUCCUUCGACAGUCCCCAUUGGAGCCCUGCCUUCUGUUUCAUAAGGGUGGAUACUGGCGUGAGCUCAUAGUCCGCACAAAUAGCCAAGGGCACACAAUGGCCAUCAUCACUUUCCAUCCCCAGGAAUUAACACAGGAGGAACUCUGUGUUCAGAAGGAGACUGUAAAGGAGUUUUUCACCAAGGGGCCAGGAGCAGUCUGUGACUUGACAUCACUUUACUUCCAGGAAAGCACCAUGACCCGUUGCAGUCAUCAGCAAUCCCCCUACCAGCUCCUACUUGGGGAACCCCACAUCUUUGAAGAUCUCUUGGGCUUGAAGAUCCGUAUUUCUCCAGAUGCCUUUUUCCAGAUUAAUACUGCUGGUGCAGAGAUGCUGUAUCGGACCGUGGGGGAGCUGAGUGGAGUGAACUCUAACACCAUCCUCCUUGACAUCUGCUGCGGAACUGGUGUGAUUGGCCUCUCUCUGGCUCAGUAUACCUCCCAGGUCCUUGGGAUUGAGUUGGUGGAGCAGGCAGUAGAGGAUGCCAGGUGGACUGCAGCCUUCAACGGCAUCACCAACUGUGAAUUCCACGCUGGUCGAGCAGAGAAGAUUUUGCCGCAGCUACUAAAGUCAAAGGAAGAUGGACAGUUAAUUGUCGCUGUAGUGAACCCAGCCCGGGCAGGAUUGCAUUACCAGGUGGUUCAAGCCAUUCGAAACUGCAGGGCCAUCUGCACACUGGUUUUUGUUUCCUGCAAGCCGCAUGGUGAAACCACAAGGAACAUCAUUGAGCUGUGCUGUCCUCCAAACUCUGCUAAGAAGCUCUUCGGCGAGCCUUUUGUCCUGAGACAAGCUGUGCCUGUGGAUCUGUUCCCGCACACCCCGCACUGUGAGCUGGUGCUCCUCUUCACUCGAUAAGCAGCCUCCUACAAGACUGCAGGCUCUUGGUUAAGGCUGAAGUUUCAGUAACUUUCAGGUUUGGCAUAUUGCUGCAUUGCAGACCUUGAGAGCAUUACCAGGGAAACCAAUCUUUGGAUCGUGAGCAGGAAGAAUAUAGGAGGCCUCUUAUCUGAGGUAGAUUUAUAACCUUAGCUUUCAGGUUCCCAUGCUGUCAUGAGUGUUUGCCUGGUUGUGACCACUCUUUGGCCUUGGAUCUGGACUGUUCCUUCCUUUUGCUGUCAGCCUGUCAUGGCUCCCUUGGUCCUAGUUUAUAGUCUUGUCUCCUCUGUCUGACUCUGCCUGUGGUGUGGUGACAACUGAGCAUUUCUCCGCAGCUGAUAAUAAUUUCACAUUGACUCAGGUCUCUGUAUUUGCCCAGAGAUUUUACUAGAUAUGUUCUGUGUUCGGGAGGUAGCCAAGGAUUAGAACUAGAAACAAGUCUAGCUUUUUAAAAGAGCAGAGUAAGCUACGAAGUGAUUGCAUGGUGACUGCAUGAUCUCAGUAGAGCUUCAUUCCUUUGGGUUUUUUUACGGUUUGAGGCUUCUAGAAUACCCUUUAAAAAUAUGGUUACUCCUACCAGGAAUAACACCAACUAGCUCUCACCUCUGGAGGGAGAAUUGGUCAUAGUAGUGACCUUAAUGGGAAAGGAGAUCUUCAAGGAAGAGACUGAAUACCUAUAAUUGUGCUGUGUGAUAUGGAGGCAGAAAGCUCCAGAAUCCCCUAAUGAUCCAGUGUACACUAUAAUAAAUUGGAUAUUGAAAUGGACA